AUGGGCUGCUGGAAGGCUGAAUGUUUGUCUCUUUCCUUAGUUCUUAUAACUUUCUAUCUACAGGGAACCUAUUUGCAGAGAGCUGAUGAAGCAAGACAAAGAAAACCAUUUUUUGAGAGACUCAGAAGACUAGAAGAACAGUUCCGGAGAUUUCAAGAGGUGGCCCUAAUACGUCUCCAGGGGAUUGCAGAAAACUAUAAUGUUUCCUAUAACAUCAACACCAGAUUCCAGAACCUGACAGAUGAGUAUCACUCCAUGGCUAUAUCUGUCAAUGAGUCUCAGGCAGCAGUGCAAAUGGAUCUGAACCAGCUGAAGACCUGGAUGAAGAAGAUUCAGAGAAGAUCUAGGAAGGUGGACUCUAAGCUCCUGGCCUUUGAAAGAUCCUUAAAUGAAAAGAGUAAGCAGAGCUCCCAGGAGAAAAUGAAACAGAAGGAGCAGAGCACCCUCCUUGCCAAUCUCACUGGGACCAUCAAACGGGAUAUUGGUGUUCUUCAGAACAGUCAAAUCCACAUGCAGACAGAAAUCGAGAAGCUCCAGAAUGUGAUUCACGGCCAAGGGGCCAGGCUGAAUGCUGUAGAAGAGCAGCUGGAGAGAGUCUUACAACAUGCAGCCUUCUCCCCAAACUUAGUCACCGAUGCUGCACUCCUGCCUCAGCCUCGCAAGAAGCAGCAGCCAGGCCAGCAGCUGCUCCAUGCCAAGCACAGGCACAGCGAAAAACUACAGCAGGACAGGCUGGAGCCAGGAGCCCAAACAGAAAACCAGAAAUUGUUUCAGGAUUUGAGGAGACCUCCUCUGGAAGAGAAGGAACCAAACACACAAUCUGGCAGACAGACACUUCCCAGUACAGAUGAGAUCCUGAAGGAGCCACAGCAAUCCCAGGCUUCCCAAAAGGCAGGAGAAAUUUGCAACGUAGGGUCCAUGCUUGUUUUUCCCAACACUUCUACUGAGAAUGUGGUCUCCUUCAGCCCAGGUUUCCUCACUGGGCUCCGGGAACUAUCUAUCUGUACCUGGGUCCGGACAUCCUCCAGCUACCUGGGUACCCUACUUUCCUAUGCCACUGAAGAAAAUGACAACAAGCUGGUGCUGCAUGGUAGAGACACUCUAGUCUAUGGCACUAUCCACUUUGUGAUAGGAGACCCAGCCUUCAGGGAGCUGCCAGUGGAACUGCUUCUGGACAGCAGGUGGCACCAUAUGUGUGUGAUAUGGUCUUCCAUCCAAGGGAAAUACUGGUUCUAUGUGGACCGGAGACUGGUGGCCACUGGCUCCAGGUUCAGGGAGGGCUAUGAAAUCCCUCCUGGAGGAAUACUGGUGUUGGGACAGGAGCAAGAUACUGUGGGGGGAGGCUUUGAUAGCUCUGAAGCGUUUGUGGGAAGCCUGGCAGGCCUGACUGUGUGGGACCGGGCCCUGUCACCAGGUGAGGUCUCAAGCAUUGCCACUGGAAAGGCACUGCCUAGGAGCAUACUCUUGACCCUGGCCAAUGCCUCCUCUUUGGAUGGAUUCGUGAAGAGAGUAGUUUGUACUUGCCUGGAGCACUGCUCUUAA